UACCUGAAUUUUUUAUACCACACUUUCCUGGUUCAUCAAACGCAGCUCUUAAAAUUAUAUUUGAUUACCAUUGCAAGAUGACGUAUCCUAAUGGGGAAAAUUCGACAGAAAGUUCACCUCUCGCGGUACUUGCUCCCCUUCAAGCAGUUCUAUUUGACGUAGACGGAACUUUAUGUGAUUCAGAUCCUCUUCAUUAUUAUGCCUUCCGUGAAAUGCUUCUAGAGAUAGGCUACAAUUGUGGUGUGCCAGUUGAUGAGGAGUGGUUUAUCAAGACUAUUGCUGGGAAACACAACGAUGAUAUCGCAUCUGCCCUUUUCCCUGAUGAUCAGGAACGGGGUCUUAAAUUUUGUGAUGAAAAGGAAGCUAUGUUUAGAAGGUUGGUGAAAGAACAGUUGAAACCUAUAGAUGGUGUGUACAAGGUGAAGAAAUGGAUUGAAGAUCGUGGACUAAAACGGGCUGCAGUUACCAAUGCACCUAGACUAAACGCUGAACUGAUAAUAGAAAUACUUGGCCUAAAGGAUUUCUUUGAUGUUGUUAUUAUCGGAAGUGAGUGUGAACGUGCAAAACCAUCUCCUGACCCUUACUUGAAGGCCCUUGAACUGCUUAAGGCGUCCAAGGAGCACACGUUCAUAUUUGAGGAUUCUGCUUCCGGAAUAAAAGCUGGGGUUGCAGCUGGGAUGCCUGUUGUUGGGCUGGCAACUCGAAAUCCACCUCACAUACUAAUGGAAGCAAAACCUGCUUUUCUUAUUAAAGAUUAUGAAGAUUCGAAGCUAUGGGCAGCUCUAGAGGAAAUCGACACAAAGUCAGGUGCCACAACAACUACAGUCUGAGACCUACACAUACUAGGUGAAAGAUCUGUUAUUGUUGUUGAGUUAAUUGGACUUGCUUCAUUGAAACCUUGGAUUUUUUUUCAUAAAGAGGGAAAUGGUACUAUCAUUAUUUUUCUUUCCUCCGUAUAAUCGGAUGUACUAGUUUCCAACAGUUGAUAUUGAUUUAAAAAAUUAUAUAAAAGCCGGAUAUGGUGAUUGUUCAU